ACCAGGGCCUGUAGUGACAGGACAAGGGGCAAUGGUUGAAAACUGAAAGAGGGUAGAUUCAGAUUCAGAUUUAGGGCUCAGGAGCAUAUCUGAAAUGCUUGUGCACUAACGCACGCAGUAUGAGAAACAAACAGGAUGAACUGGAAGCACAGAACUAUGAUAUCAUUGGUAUUAGUGAGACUUGGUGGAAUGAGUCCCACGACUGGAGUGCUGGGAUGGAGGGCUACAGGCUGUUCAGGAGGGACAGGCGAGGUGGAGGUGUCACACUAUAUGUAAGGGAGAGGCUUGAUUGUACAGCCCUUACAGUUAGUGGUGAUGUGGUGGAGAGCCUCUGGGUGAGGAUUAGGGGGAUGGAAAACAAAGGAGAGGUUGUAGUGGGUGUCUACUACCGAUCACCCAGCCAGGAUGUAAGCACUGAUGGGUUAUUCUAUAGGCAAUUAGGAGAAAUCUCUGGAUCAGUAGCCCUUGUCCUUAUGGGAGAUUUCAACUGCCCAGACAUCACCUGGGAAUAUCAUACUGCUGUGACAAGCAGGUCUUGGAAAUUCCUGAAGUCUGUAGGAGAUAACUUCUUGUCACAGGUACUCAGGGAGCCAACUAGGAAAGAUGCCCUCCUAGACUUGCUAUUUGUGAAUAGAGAAGGAAUCGUGGGGGAUGUGUUGGUAGGUGGCUGUCUUGGCCACAGUGAUCAUGAAAUGGUUGAGUUUAAAAUUUUCAGCGUAAUGAGAAAACAGGACAGCAGAGUUGCUACCCUGGACUUCAGGAGAGCAAACUUUAAGCUAUUCAGGGAGCUGCUUAGCAGAGUACCCUGGGAAUCUGCUUUUGAGGGCUUAGGAGUGCAUGAGUGCUGGUCAGUUUUUAAGCAGCACCUUUUAGAAGCACAGGAAAACAUUGGACCAAUACUUGUUGAAGACGGUCACCUGACAAAUAGGGAUGAAGAAAAAGCGGAGGCAUUCAAUGCUUUUUUUUUGCCUCAGUCUUUAAUAAUACGGAUAGUCCUUGGGCUGCCCGGUCCCCUGAGUCGGAGGACCAUGACUGCGGGAACAGUGACUUUCCAUUUGUGGACACUGAAAUUGUAAGGGACCAGCUGUAUCAGCUGAAUGUUCACAAGUCCAUGGGGCCUGAUGGGAUUCAUCCCAGAGUACUGAAGGAGCUAGAGGAUGUUACGGCAGGAUCCCUCUCGAUCAUCU